AUGGAUGCUGGGGCCGUUCUGAUCAGUCUGCGUAUCUUGGCCAACAUCCUGGUGCUGCUGUCUCUGGCCGGCAGCAUCUACAUCAUCUACUUUGUGGUGGAUCGUUCUCAGAAGCUGGAGCAGGAGAAGCCGGAGCUGACGCUGUGGGAGAAGAAUGAGGUGAGUGUGGUGGUUUCUCUCAUCACCAUGAUCGCUCCGUCUGCCUUUGAGCUGGUGUCUCAGCUCGAGAUGUACCACCCACGAACCUCGCUGCGUUUCCAGCUGGCCAGAGUGCUUGUUUUAUACCUGGGGAAUCUCUACAGCCUCAUUAUUGCCCUCCUUGAUAAGGUCAACAGCAUGAGCUCUGCUGUUCCAGUGAGUCCAGCCAACUGGUCUGAGUCCAGCUCCUUCCUGGCCACCAUCUCUCAGCCCGAGGUGGACAGCCUCUCCACCCUGGUUUCUGGGAUCUCAGUCUCUGAGCAUCACAACAGCACCAUAGCGACCAUCGCCACGCUGCUGGACGUUACGAACACCAGCACAAGAAUCCUAGGGACCAUCUCCAACCAGACAGCUCUGUUUGAGAAGAACACCCGCUCUCAGCAGGACCCGUGCUGGGAGACCUACGUUGGACAGGAGAUGCUGAAGCUGUCCAUCAUUGACAUGAUCUUCACUGUGGCCAGCAUCCUGCUCAUUGACUUCAUCAGAGGUUUGGUGGUUCGCUACCUGAGUGACUGCUGCUGCUGGGAUUUAGAGAGCAAGUUUCCUGAAUAUGGAGAAUUCAAAAUAGCAGAGAACGUUUUGCAUCUGAUUUAUAACCAAGGGAUGAUCUGGAUGGGAGCGUUUUUCUCUCCCUGUCUUCCUGCCUUUAAUGUGUUGAAGCUGAUUGGUCUGAUGUAUCUGAGGAGCUGGGCGGUCCUCACCUGUAAUGUUCCACAUCAGCAGGUGUUCCGAGCCUCCAGAUCAAACAAUUUCUACUUGGCUAUGCUGCUUUUCAUGCUGUUUCUGUGUAUGCUGCCCACCGUCUUCGCCAUAGUGAGAUACAGACCGUCACAGCACUGUGGACCAUUCAGCGGUCAAGAGAAGAUAUAUGACAUCAUCUCUGAAUCCGAGACGGUGUCCAAUGACUUCCCCCUGUGGUUCAGUAAAGUGAUGAGUUACGUCACUAGCCCUGUCGUGGUGCUGCCAGCACUGCUGCUGCUGUUCAUGCUGAUAUACUAUCUCCAGGCGAUAGCCAGAUCCCUUAAAUUCACCAACAACCAGCUGAGGAUGCAGCUCCAGACUGAGCGGACAGAUGACAAAAAGAAAGUCUUCCAGAUGGCUGCAGCGAGGUUGCAGGCUCCAGAGGCAGCGUCUGACAAGAAGCCGGACCAGCAGGACAGCGACGUCACCAGCCAGGAGGCCUCCAUCCACACGCCAUCUCCCCGACGGAACGGCAGCGUCACAAACUGCAGCUCUCCCGUUCGCCGUGGAAACAGCAUCCACACCAUCAGCCAAUCAGCUUCUAGAGCCGACCUGAACAGAGGAAGCGUGGCUGGAUCGGUCCGAAGUCCAACAGUGACCAUACUGCCCAAACACCGGCUGGAGCACAUACCUAACAGGCCCCGCCCCUUUCUUGGUGGCCCGAGUGGCACCUGCAGGUCCAAGUCCUACCACAUGGGCUACAAUCCCCCGGCUCGCUUUUCUGACGACAUCCACUCUGACCCCCUGUACAGGAAGGCCAUACGCUCCAUACAUCCAGUGGAGGCCGCCGGGAUCAUCGCUGCCCAGAGUUACGGAGGCCGGCGUGGUCACACCACCCGCUACGUGAUCGUCAAUGAGCACGAGCCCAGGAAGAAGCUGCUGCGCUCAUCCACGCGGAUCCCACGCCAUUACCUCAUGGAGGAGCCUGCGGAGAUCCUGGAGCUGUACCCACGCAACGUUAAACGCUACACGCCCCGCCCCGCUCACCACAAUGCACAUCCUCACCGCGCCCACCCAUCGCACCAGCAUCUGAGCGAAGAGGAGGAGGAGGAGGAGGAGGAAGAGGGAAAAAGCAGGAGAAGGAUGGCAUCGGGGAAGGCCCACCGUCCCCGAUCCCUCUCCGACCUUCACCAGCCGGCACACUUCUACAUCGGGGACCGCGUAGAGGGCCAUGCGUCUGCGGUUAAAGAAGGUCACGCUCGAGCUCGAGGAAGGCAAGGAGCGCAAGAACCGAAUGAAGGGGAGGAGGAGGGUGAAGUAGAAAUGGACUGUGGAGAUUUAGAGCCAAACUCCCAGGUCCGGGCCAAGGUGAGAGGAGCAGACUCGCUCCUCGUGCGAACCAGGCGUCACAUCCAUUCCCCGGGGAGACACUGCCAGUCCCCAGCCAGGACCCGGCACAUGGAGUCUUUGGCGAGGCCCAAGACGAGACCAAAGCUGGAGACCCUGACCGAGUCGGACUCGGCUUCCCUGGCCUCCAGCAGUGACCAGCAGAACAGCAGCACUGACCAGUACAUUCAGGUCAUCCACAACAAGGAGCACCACCUCAAGACUGAUGCCAGACAAGGGAAGAUGGGCAAAAAGAAGUCCAAAACCAUCAUUGAUCUAAAUGUCGUUGAAUCGAAUGACCUUGUCUGCUCCAAUGUAUGA